ACAAUUUUGUGAACGAACAAAAUUAAAAAUUAAUGUUUUUUGAUUCUUUAUAUGUGAAAAUAAGGAUAUAUUACCCAUAGUUGUUUCAGUUAUGGAUAAUUUGUCGACAAAAAUAUCCUUAAAAGAUUUAACAAAAAUUUGUCGAAUUUGCCUUACCCAAAAGACUCCAGAAAGCCUACACUAUUUAUUCGAUAAUAAUUUGAAUAUAAUGAUAAUGAAUGUAACAAAUAUAAAGGUAGAGCAAGGAGAGAAGCUACCAAGUUUUCUCUGCAAUGAAUGUAAUUAUCAAUUAAACAUAGCAUUUACGUUUAAAGAGAAAUGUAUAAAGUCUGAAUAUCAGUUGAAAAGCUUUUCGUUUCCUUUAUUGGACACCGAAUUUACAUUAGAUGAGAUUGAUUCUAAGAAGAAUGAAAGUAAUAAAACUGAUAAUGGUACUAUAAAGGACGAAGUUGAAAUAAACGACUGUGAUGAUGACAAAGAAAUUACAAAUGAAGAUGAUGAUGAUGAAAAUGUCAAUAUCAUUACAAAUGAAUGUAAGAUUUGUAAGAUAUCAUUUAAUUCAAAGAAGGGUUUAAAAUUGCAUACAUCAAAUCAUAAGAAACAACUCCAAUGUACAGUUUGUGAAAAGGAGUUCCACUCAUCCAAAUCAUUAAAAGUGCAUUUACAAUCACAUACUGAUUAUAAACCAUAUACCUGCAAGGUGUGUAAUAAAUCAUUUAACAAGCAAACAAGUCUGGCUAAACAUAGUCGUAUUCAUGGUGGUGAAAAGAAACAGUUGUGUGUUAGCUGUGGGAAAAGAUUUUUCGAGCAUGCUGAUCUUUUAGUUCAUAUGCGUUCUCAUACUGGGGAAAAGCCUAUAAUUUGUUGUGUAUGUGGGAAACGCUUUGCAGAUCCUCACAGUCUCAAGACCCACAAUAAAAUUCACACUGGCGAAAGGAAUUAUGAGUGUAAAGUUUGCGGCAAAAGAUUCGCACAUUCUUUCGUUUUAAAAAUUCACGUACGGAUUCACACAGGGGAAAAACCAUAUGUAUGCUCCGUUUGUGGGUCAGCGUACGCUACUUCGUCCUAUUUAAAAAUUCAUACAAGAACACACACGCAAGAGAGGCCCUACAAAUGCGAGUCUUGUCCUAAGGCUUUCGUGAGCCGAUGUGGUUUAUUAGCUCAUAAUAUGACCCAUACUGGUGAGAAGAAAUUUCAAUGUUCUAUGUGCGGAAAAAGGGUUGCCAGAGCUGCCGAUUUGGCCACCCAUAUGAGGUCCCAUACAGGAGAAAAACCUUACUGUUGUGACAAAUGUCCGAAAAGGUAUCACACAUCUAGCAAUCUAUCGGCUCAUAGGAAAACACAUUUGGGAAUAAGGGACCAUGUUUGUUCAAUUUGUGGGGCCGCUUUUGUUUCCUCCAGGACUUUAAAGAGUCACACAAGGACUCAUACAGGGGAAAAACCAUACGUAUGCGCAUAUUGCGGUAAGCGAUACACACAGUCGGGACAAUUAGCGGCUCAUCGCAAAACUCACACAAAUCAAGUGGUCACAUUAACUAAUAGUCAAAAUAUUUCGUAAGAUAAACCAGAAUUUUGUUUAUUGAAGUUUCAUUCGAUUUUAUUUAAUUUUUUAAGUUUUUUAGUCAUUUUUAUAAACGUGGCACUUUUCUGUACAUUUAAUUAAGGCUUCUGACUAAAUAUUUUUUACAACAUUAUAUUAAUCUUUUUAAUUAUUUAGAUUGCUUUACGAUUCAUAGAUAACUUUUGUGAUAUUACUUUUAGAUACUUUGUUUGAAAUUGGAUUCUCGUCUUUCUGUAUGUCUUACUUAAAUGUGUGCA